UCCGGUGUGUUGAUCGGUCGAAGAAUCGGUUGAUGAGCUAGGACUGCGAUUACUGUACUGCAGUAUGUUUUGGCCGACGUAGAAACACAGGGUCUGAAUUGAGACUGCAGAGGAAUAGAUGAAGACCACCAAAGAUGUCUGCAACAAACAGAUUGACAGAAUGCUUAGCAAUAACAAAUCUUCCAUCUGUAGUAGUUACACAUAUGCUUUCCUUCCUGACAUGGGAAGAAAAGCUGAAUAUCAUUAUUGCUAUCCCUCCUUGGUGUUCCUGCUUAAGAGCUGUUUCUGCUUGGAAGUGUGUUGAAUAUGGCAAUGAACUGGACGAGAAUGUGUACUUUUUGAAAGAAAAGCGUACUAAGUUCUUGUUUUGUAUAAAACAGUAUGGAAAAUACAUGAGGUCUAUGAAGUUAACAUUUGGAAGUAAACUGAAUCAUAUGGCAAUAAAGAUGAUGCAUGCAAUCAGUGAAUUUUGUCCUCAUCUGGCAGAUUUUCAUAUAGGACAAGAAACUCCAAUGCAGGUGGAUGAAAGUCUUGUUUGGAGGAAAAGUGUGGUCAAUGCCAUUUGUGGUAUCCUACAGAAUUGUAAGAUAUUAAAUAGUGUUUCUAUCUGCCAGCCUGUGAUUGAUUGGACAGAAUCUCCUGACAACAACAUCAUAUUGAACAUCAUACAGCAAGGUCUAGCUCACAAGGUCACAAAUCUAGAACUAAAUGCUGAGUCACUGUGGGAUCAUGAAGGCUAUCUGGAGUUUCUCAAGAACUUUACUCACCUGAAAAGACUUGUAACAAGGAGAGAAAAUAUCACCGAUGAAAUUCUACUCUUCUUGGUUCAGCAUAAAUUGGAGGAGGUGACUUUGGUUCAGGAAGAGGAAAUUCCUCUUCAACAGCAAGAGCAUCUCAAAGAAGGAUUCUGGACAAAAGUUUUGAACAUCUGCCCAACAUUCCAAAUAGACAUGAUCUUGAGAUACAUAAUGGUGAUCAAGGAUUCCUUCCCAGCUAGGAUGCCUCUAAGGACAUUGAUACUGGACGACCUUGUUAACAUUGUAACUAAAGGUGUGCUGGAGCACCUUGUAGAAAAUUACAAGGAUUGUCUACAACAUUUCACUUACACAAAUUCUCUCCUUGAAAAUUACGAAACAGGAGACAGAAGACUUCCUUCUUCCCUUGUUAACAUGGCAAAGAAGUGUACAAAAUUGAGAUCUUUACAAUAUGGAUUUCCUUUGUCAAGUACCUCAGUCUUGCUUCUAGCCCGAGCUAGAAAACUAGAAAAGCUCCUUAUCCAAGCAGUAGAGGUGUCUUAUGAAUAUGAUUGGCAGACUGACCCAGAUUGGUCAUUAGAAUUUGUAGCUUGGCUUAAAACAAGUGGAAAGAAUGAAAAAGCACUUGAACUUGCUGUAUCAGAAAUCCUUGGCUUCAAUUGGAAACUCAAUUAUGAUCCUUUUACUUUAGAUGAACAACUCAACACUAUGUAUAUAUGAAAACCAUUGCAGUUAAUAAAAAGUUGCUAUAUAUGGUUUAA